CGCAAAAAAAAAAUGCAAAAGGAAAAAGAAGCAGCAAAAAUCUCAGCUGUACUUCUAGCCCUUUUAAAAAGUUUGCUCUGUAAAUUGGAAUGAGGUCAGAUUUGGAGCUUCUCAUUGCACGCGGUGAUUAUUAUUGCAUCGGGUUCCAAGCCAAUGGGAACUUUGGGGGUGGGGUUUGGCACGAGGAAGCGUUGGUUACAGCGGCUGAUUGGCUGGGGUAAAGACAGUGAAAGGAUAAAGAGGCGCGAGGCGGAAUUGGGGUCUGCUCUAAGCUGCAGAAAGGGAAACAGUGUGUGAGGGGAAGAGGCCAAUUUCACUCCCCCGGUGUCUCUAGUUCUCGUUCUCUCUCUUUCUUUAAGGGUGUGCAUAGGGAAGAAGAGAAGGAACUCUAUAAUUAGCUCCCUUUUUUUGCAGAAGGGGAAAAAGCAUACAUUUAUUAAUGCCAUUCUGUUGCACGAGUACUUUUUUCUGGCUUAAUACCUCGCAACCAAAUAAUUGCACAAACUCCUUAAUACUGAUUCCGCCCACAGAAGCGAGUCCUGGAGUCAGACUCUUUUUUGCUUUGCAUGGUCGGAAAGAGACUAAGUAAUACAGACUAUGUUGCUUUCUUGAGCGCUGAGGGCACUUGUGAACUGGAAUCAACUGCUGCAGGGUGAAAAAAAAUAACACUGCCUGGGAGGAGGAGGAAAAAAAAAAAACUUGCAUUGGACGAUUCAGCAACCAGCAUUAAAGAAACUACUCUCCACUUUAAGGCGGUCUCCAGAUUUUCAGAAAGCGAGGGAGACAGCCAACGGCACCACGGUGAGAGAAGAGCUUGCCUGGAACUACAACUCCUCAUCAAGGGACUGAGUAUUUUUUGGGGGGGAGGGGUGGCGGGAGGGCAUCUCUUCGGGACUUUCAUUAUCCACUCGCUCCACCACCACCUCUCCCGUGAAGUUGAGGUUUCCCCUCACCUCACUCGCCCCAUUUUUUCUCCUUUUUGGUGUGUGUGUGGGUGGGUGUGGUGUAUUUCGUUUUGGGUACUUUGGAGGGUGGGGGGGGACCCUGGCGAGCGAUCGUGCAGCUGCCGCCGUCAGUGUGUGAGCUUGAGCCGGGGAGAUGGUGCAGCAGACGAACAACGCGGAGAACACGGAAGCGCUCCUGGCCGGCGAGACCUCCGACUCCGGGGCCAGCAUCGAGCUGGGCAUCGCCUCUUCCCCGACGCCGGGUUCCACCGCCUCCACCGGCGGCAAGGCGGAUGACCCAAGCUGGUGCAAGACCCCCAGCGGGCAUAUCAAGCGGCCCAUGAAUGCUUUCAUGGUGUGGUCGCAGAUCGAGAGGCGAAAGAUCAUGGAGCAGUCUCCAGACAUGCACAACGCCGAGAUCUCCAAACGGCUGGGCAAGCGAUGGAAGUUACUCAAGGACAGCGACAAGAUCCCUUUCAUUCGGGAGGCGGAGCGGCUGCGCCUCAAGCACAUGGCAGACUACCCAGACUACAAGUACCGGCCCAGGAAGAAGGUGAAGUCGGGUAACGCCAGCUCCAGCUCCUCCUCCACCUCCUCCUCGACCUCCUCCAAGCCCGGGGAGAAAGGAGACAAGGUCAGCGGCGGCGGCGGCGGCGGUGGCAGCGGCGGCAGCGGCAGCAGCAGCUCGGGAGGCGGGGGAGGCGGCGGCGUCGGCGGCAGCAGCAGCAGCAGCAGCGCCAACUCCAAACCCGCGUUGAAAAAGAGCUGCGGCUCCAAGUUGUCCGGCGGCGGCGCGGGUGGCGGAGGCGGCAAACCUCAUGCCAAGCUGAUCCUGGGAAGCGGCGGCGGUAGCAGCAAAGCCUCCGCCUCCUCCUCGUCCUCCUUCGGCCCGGAACAGACGGCGGCCGCUGCUGCCCUGCUCCCCCUGGGCGCCCCUGCUGACCACCACUCGCUCUACAAGUCCCGGACUACCAGCACCUCCUCCACUUCUUCCUCGGCCUCGUCCUCUUCCUCGGCCUCGUCCUCUUCCUCGGCCUCCUCCUCCCUCUCGGCCUCCAGCAAACACCUGGCCGAGAAGAAGCUGAAGCGCGUGUACAUGUUCGGCCUCACCUCCUCGUCCCCCGUGAGCGGGGCCGUGCCCUCCAGCCCCAGCCUGAGCGGGGGCCAGGAGAGCAGCGACGCGGGCAGCCUGUACGAAGAGGGCGGUGCGGGCUGCCCGCCCGACGGGCACAGCCUCCGCGGCAGCGCCGCCUCGUCCCCAGAGGACGGCGGCUCCCCGGCCGACCACCGCAGCUACGCCAGCCUGCGGGCCGCGUCGCCCACUCCCUCCACGGCGCACUCCCACUCCUCUUCGUCCUCUUCGUCCUCCUCCUCCUCUUCCCCCUCCUCCUCAUCCUCCGUCUCCUCUUCCUCGGAUGAGGAGUUUGAGGACGACCUGCUGGACCUGAACCCCAGCCCAAGUUUUGAGAGCAUGUCUCUGGGCAGCUUCAGCUCCACCUCCGUGCUGGACCGGGACCUGGAUUUUAAUUUCGAGCCCGGCUCAGGCUCACAUUUUGAAUUCCCGGACUACUGCACCCCGGAGGUAAGUGAGAUGAUCUCGGGGGACUGGCUAGAGUCCAGCAUCUCCAACCUGGUCUUCACUUACUGAAGAGAGCGAGCGAGAGAGAAGAGGGACGGGAGGAAAAAAAUUUUUUUAAAGGAGAGACAGAGAGGAGAGGAAAAAAAAAAAAGAAGACACGAAGGAGAAAAUGGAUAAAGGAAGGGAGGACAAAAAUAAAAAGAAGUGAGGGGAAAGAUUUCGCACACCCACGCCCACUUAACAAGUUACAGUAUCCAGAGGAGUGAGUGAUUUCUCUGCCCUCCCGGUGCGGUUUUUUUUUUUUUGGGCGGUGUUCCCCACCCCCACAUUGACACCGCACCCCCAGCCUCCCCCCACCCCGGGUUCGUAAAACUGACUUGUUCGAAAAGAUUGAAAAGGGGGACCUGGAAGGAGCAGGGUGGAAAGUAUGGUUCUUUUGUUAAAACUACAUUUCCACCCCUUGCUUGAAGAGACACCCCCACUGCUACCCCACCCCCAAACCAACAACACAGGCACACAACCAACUCACACAAACAAACGGACACUUCCGGACGUCUCACCCCCAGGAAAAAAAGCCAGGUUGUUGCUUUUCCUUAGACUGCUUGGAGUGGCUCCCUAUUCCUCCCCCUCUUCCCCCUUUUGGUGUGGGUUUUCUUUCUUUCUUUUUCUUUCUUUCUUUCUUUCUUUUUUUAAAGAGGAGAGAAGGAGAUACAAUCCUACACACCUUGGGGGGUUGUUUUCGGCCCACUUCAUCUGAAGAAGGAAGAAGUGCUACAUUGUGUUGUAAUUUUUGCAUAGUUACGUUUUUUUCUUUUUUCUUUCCUUGAAAGAUCCCGACUGGUAGGGGGUGAUUUGCGCGCCCGCGCAUGCAAGCCAGAACUGAAGCCUUCCUUUGCUACAAAUUCCAGUUUGGUGUUUUUUUUUUUCUUUCUUUUUCUUUUUUUCCUUU